UAACUCAGUUAGUUAGCUGGAGAAAUGAAAGCUGUAUACAUCUUGGUUUUAGUCUGCUGCUUUGUCUUGAUGCACGAAGGUCAAGCUGACGAGAAGGGUAUACUUCCUAUAGGUUACCCAAUUUUUAGAGGUCGUCGUGCAGUUAGCUCCUUUGCCAAUGCAGGGCAGCCGCGUGGACCGGGAAGACCCGGCAGACCUGGAAGACCUGGGUUACCUGGCGGGAGGGGUAAGGGUAAGCCAGGUCAGCCAGGAAGUCCAGGAAGCCCGGGAGGACCAGGAGGAGCAGGUGGAGCUGGGGGAAGUGGAGGAACCGGCGGAGAUGGAGGAUCAGGUGGGGCUGGUGGGCGAGCUAUAAGAGGAGGAUCCUGGAGGACAGGAAUGUCAUUAGGUCAAAGGCGACCAGAGCCAAGGUCUAAUGAUUUUUUGUAUUAAAUUAUCAUUUAAAAUAUUGAACUGAUAACAUAUUAUUUUAUUAAACCGAAUA